AUGGCUGGAGCAACUCGAGGCAUUGGGCGAGCGAUAGCGUUGCAUCUUGCAAGUCGAGGAGCGUCAAUUCUGGGAACGUUUUCUUCCCCUGAGUCAGCACAUCGGCUUGACGAACUCACCCGCACGGUGCUUGACCUGUACCGUGGUUUUGAGGGCCACGCACCUAAAAUUGUUGGAGUUGCCGCCAAUGUGCUCUCCCUUGAUAGUCCCAGGCUGAUAAAGGAGGCUCUGAUUGGCCAUUUCGAAGGCAAAGUGAACAUUGUUAUCAACAACGCCGCCUAUGAUCCAAUGCGCGCAAUGGGAAAUCUCGACGAUGACUAUGUGCGAAAGGUAUUGAUGGGAAAUACACAUGCUUUGGUCAUGCUGAUGGAUGCCCUUUAUGCCAACAACAUCAUUCAACCGAACUCAAGGAUUAUCAACAUCUCAAGCGAGUCAGGUCGCAGAAUUCCAUUCCCAGAGAUGUAUCUAGUUGGAGCUACCAAAGCAACAAUGGAAGCACUCACGCGGUCUUGGGCUGACAUAUUGGGCACCAACUCUAUGACAAUAGGUACAACUGUGAACGCUCUCCUGGUUGGUGCAACCGCCACAGAUGCCCUUCUCCGAGAGGCUCCCACCGCAUUUCGACAGAAGGCGACUGAUGCUCGUCAGUCCGGCUCAAAUCUCAUCGAUGGAGUGGCGCUGCCCGAGGACAUUGCGAAUGUUGCCGGUUUACUAGUCAGUGAGAGGGCGAACUGGGUGACAGGAAGCGUGGUCUGUGCAAACGGUGGCAAAUUCAAAAUCCUGUGA